GGGUGAAUUUGUGGGUAUUGAAAAGCUUAGUGGAUCGGCUUCUUUAGUUUGCCAGCUAGUAGCUCACACGCUAGUAGCUGAGAGGUCCCCAUAAACCCCACACCCCUCUUCAUAUUCCUUCUUCUUCAAAAUUUACAUCAUUUCUUCGAUUUAAUAUAUCAAUAUCUACGUACUGCGUCCUUACAUACUAUUAUUUCAUUCAACUCGAGUUUCUCAUCUCUGCCCAAUCACUCGGCUAUUAUCCUCCUAAUAAUUCCACCUUCCCUCUCUGCUAUUGAAUAUAUUUUUUUGUUAUUUCUUAUGCUUGUCCGACACAAUGACCGACGGUAAUGGAUCUACGACGGGAGAAGACGAAGGUGUUGCCCCAAAGGAAAAAUUUCCUUCCUCUUACAUUCCCGAUAAUUUCACGUUACCGGGACAAGAACUUCAAAGACUACCGGUGAUUCCGUGUGAGUUUCCAGUCAAAGGAUCUCGAGCGAUCAUUCCGGAACUUCAAAUCAUUGCUUCGGAAAUACGUCUCGUUGGAGGAAGAAUUCAUCUCAGCCAUGAGAGCUCGAAGCGAGUCUAUAACGAAAUAAUUUCCGAUCAACACCACCCCGAGAGAAUGAAAGAAAUUGACAAUCAUCGAGUUCAACAAAACGCCAGAUUUAACGAGCCAGCUUUGGAAAUUCUUAUCAUAGAGCAAGAUCUUAUCAAGGAUCUAGAACCGAUUCCGCAAGAUUUGACUAUCGUCCGAAGAAUGAAAUCUAUAUUUGAGCAGCAGAAAGAGAUUCUGAAACGCAAGAAGACUAUUUCGCAGCCGGAAUCACGGGAUGACACGAAAAUUUUAUAUGUUCAUGCGGAGGAUAAGCUUUAUCCACGAGGUGUCAAGGGGACGGCUGGGCGCAUAAAAUUAAUACCAGUGUUUCAAUUUUCGGAGCGUGUCACGACUUUGGAGGAGAUCGAAUAUUCGAAAAAGGAUAAAAAGCUAGUGCUAUCCGAAGAACUAUCGAAGGAUAUGUUAGAGCAUUGUGUUCUACGAAUUGACCAUAACGAUCAUUUACUCAACGACUGGAGAAAUUUUGUAGCUCUGCCCACAGAAGACCAAAGUGUAGGGGAAACUUGCAUAGAAUUAGUGAAGAACCAUUUGCUCCACGGAAGAUGGGUAUGGAUCACAAAGGAGACUGAAGUUUGUCGUAGGAGUAUCGUGAUUGAGCGAACGUCUCAACUUUACGACGCUCGAUUGAUGUACAUUCUCAGCAAUGAUAUUCAACUGCCCAACCGACUUGAACCACUCAAGAUUUUCACUCAAUCCAGACUCCGAAAGCGGUAUACUUUGGAGAAAACGCAGGAUCAUCAAGAGUUUCAUUUGGCUUCAACGGAGGCAAAGCUCUGGAGAUGGGUACAUGGUAAAGCUUAUGUAGAAGGUGAAGGUGGACCGCUUGCGUGGAUAAAUUACGAGGACAACAACGAUUUGGCCAGGUUCUCCCGUUUGGAAAACCAGGGACAUCGUGAUUGGAAGGCAAGAAUGGCGAUAUUUGGAAAGAGAAUUGAUCGUUCUCUUUCUAUCACACCUAUGGCCAAGAUAGAUUCUGGUCUUGGUGGAAUGAAAGCAAUCAAUAAUUCCGACAAACCCUCUUCUUCUCCUACCAAAUUCAUUUCUAACUUGAAGCAUUUACCUGGGUGCGAUAAGACGAAUACCCCAGGAUUCGGCUGUGAUUGCCCAGGUCCUGCCCAAGAGGAGGGGCAUCAGUUGGACGAUGACUGUAGUGAGAAACGCCUAAAACACAUCAAGAGCCUGAUUCCAAAAGGAUCUAGCCUCGAGCAACGUGUUUCCAAACUAGAAUCCAUUUUCGAAACUGCUUCGCGUGGAAAACCAAUUCGCAAUUUGGAUAAGAUUAUUUCAAGAUCGAAAUUCAAGCGUUCAUCAACGGGUUCAAUUGCCGCAGCAGUAACGAGACCCUGAUGCUCUUACGAUCUUGCACACAAAUGUUGGAUGUAGAGAUCGGAUUUCUCAUCUUUUGCUGUUCUAUUAAUUUGUGAUCGAAAACCGAUGGGUCGCAAAAGAUAGAGAUUUAAAUAGAGCUAUAGGUUUGCUGGAUAAGCUUGUGUUCUUGAAAGGAGAGGAGAAACGCUGCGUCUUAUUGGUUUUAUCCUUGGGUCAUUGGAAUAUGGUCAUGUACAACGAGUUACGAUUUAUAUGCCUAUAUACCAAAAACAACAUAUGGUAAUAACAAUAAUAAUAAUACUAAUCACGGUACA